AUGUUCGCAGCAUUCAAGACUAAUUCUCUUAUGGGCAGUCCAGUUCAUCAUGAAAGAGCCGUUGUCGUUUGCAGAUAUGAGCAAUUCGAGUUGGAGCGGAAGAAGAAGCGUGAGCACGCGGCGACCAGACGACGGGUGCCGCCACCGCUUAUUUCAGUCAGGGACACGAUCCGUGAGACCAGUGUGAUCGUUCCCGACAUUAAGGAAUUCAAAAAGCCUGAUAUUAAACCGUCGUAUGUUUGUGCCGUGACGGGACAGCCAGCUCGAUAUCGUGAUCCUGUCACUCGAUUGCCGUAUUCCACUCCAUUCGCUUUCAAAAUAAUUCGUGAUCAAUACAAUAAGUACCUGAGGACCAUUAAGGGUAACCCCAAAGUGACGGAAUACUUGAAGCAAUUCGAAUGA